AUGUGGGACAAGCUCUCAAGUUUGGUUCUUCUUAAGUGUAUCCAUCUCUUCAAUCAUAAGAGCAUAUCAUUUGGGAUGACCUAGUGCUUCUAAAUUAGUUUUAAGAGUAAGAUAGUGGAUAAGGUAGAUAUAAAAGCUGAGUAGGUAGGAGAUAAGUGAUGAUAAGAUACAAAGUUAGAAAUGAGAUAGUGUUUACAAGAAAACUUUCCUUUUCGUAAGGCAAUAGGGAGAUUGAGAUCACCUAUCACAGAUGUGCUUGCUUCUGGUCCCUCAAACAUAGGAAGGACUGGUUGUGAAGUAGACACUUCAAGAGGUGAUGAGGGAGCAUUUUGUUACAUGUACACCUAUGUGAUUGGAGGACAUUUAUCUCCCAACCUAUCAUCUAAUUUCUUUGAGAUCCCACUAGGACUGUCCACAAAGGUUGACUUGAUGUAGAGGUAAUAAUUCAUUUAGAGAAUCAAUAUGCUAUGACAUAUGGAAGAUAACUGAUGAUUCCCUCCUCUCUUGGACAAAAAAGGGAAAAUGAAUAAUGUAUUCAAGAAAAAUAGAGAAAACAAUGAACAAAGGGAAAUUAGUUUGAGUGAAUUCCCCUCUCCCUUUCUCUUGUGUCACUUCUACCAUGAUAUCCCCUCUUAUUCACAAGAGAUGUUUAUACUGCUCAGCCCACUCCUUCCCUAAUGUUCACUAUAGAAGCUUCUAAACUAUUCACUUACAACGAACAUGUCUUGAGGGGUACCGUAUCAAUAACAUCAGCAAAAAUAAAGUGUUUAUGAAGGACAAUAACACAUAUCCUUUUUGAUUGUGAGAGUAUCUUAAGAAAAUACAUUUCAUAGACUUAAGAUCAAGUUUAUCUCAACUUGUAUCUAAAUGAUGGACAAAACAAGUACAUCCAAAAACAUUUGGUGAUACAUGAUAUAAUGGGCUAGUAGGAUAAAGAAUGAAAUAAUGAUUCUGUUAAUUCAUAACUGAUGAUGACAUUUUAAGUAGGUGGUUGUAAGAACAGCAUCACUCUAUAACUCAAGUGGAACAUUUAUAUGUAAAAGUAAAGUACGGGCUGUCCCAAUAGUAUGACGAUUUUUCCUCUUAGUUAUUUCAUUUUUUUGAGUAUGAGGACAUGAUGAUUAAUGAAUGAUGCCCUAGGUGGUCAAAUAUUAUGUCAAAAAUAAACUAAUACUCUUUUACAUUAUUAGAGUGAAGUAUUGUAAUAUUCUUUCCAAAUUGAUUCCAAAUUUCAAUGCAAAAUAAGCAAAAGAUAGUGAAUAACUCUGAUUGGUCUUUCAUGAGAUAGUGCUAAGUGAUAUGAGAAUGAUCAUCAAUAAAUAUAACAAAAUAUUAAAACCAAGUUUAUAAGUGACUCGACUUGGGCCUCAUACAUUUGAAUGGACUAAAUCAAAGUUAGAGCCUAUUCUUGAAAGAACUCUUGACCCAAAGUUAAAAUGAUGUUUACCUAAUUGACAUGAUUUUUCUUGAUUAGACAAAUUAGAUACCAUCAAUUUGAGUUUUUCAAGUAGUACAUAAAUGAGACAUGAAUCAGGGAAGAAAGUUAUGACAGCUUGUAGAAAUUGAGUGAGUUUACUAGUAAAAAUAAGAUUAAAAAGAAAUUUGAGAAUGUGCAAAAUAAAUCUGAGAGGAAGGUUGGGGUUAGGAUAUGAAGAUUCUUUACCUAUGAUAGUAAAAAAACUAGGAUGACUAAACUAGGAUGACUAAAAUAGGAUGUGAAAUUGUUGGAUAUAUAAUAUGGUUACUCGUGCUUGAGUCAAGAACCCAAUGGGGUGAUUCACCCAAAGAGGAUGUAGAUGUGUGAGAGAAGCAUGCUGUAGAUGUCCCAGGUGUAUCCGAAGUAGUAAUGGGUAUUAAUACUUAUUGGGCCCGUGCAGCUGCAGUAGGAUUUGAAAAAGGAAUUGAUCGUGAUUUGGAACCUGUUCUUCCACGACCUCUCUUAG